AUGAGAUACAAUCUUCUACUCGCAGCCAGCGCUGCCCUCGCUCUCGCGGUGCCUCAAGGCCCCUCCAAGCGGGCCUCGUCCUUUGUUUGGUUUGGCGCAAGUGAGUCCGGGGCAGAGUUUGGCAGUGAUAAUAUUCCGGGUGUACUGGGAACCGACUACAUUUGGCCAGACACUUCGACCAUUCAAACGCUACGCAACGCGGGUAUGAACAUCUUUCGGGUCCCGUUCUUGAUGGAGCGAUUGAUUCCCACUUCCUUGACCUCAAGUCCAGAUGCGACUUAUUUACAAGAUCUGAAGAGUACGGUUGAUUACAUCACGUCUACCGGCGCGUAUGCUAUCAUUGAUCCACAUAACUAUGGGCGAUACUAUGGCAACAUCAUCACCUCCACGAGUGACUUUGCAGCAUUUUGGACGACCGUGGCAACCCAAUUUUCAUCGAAUGACAAGGUCAUCUUUGACACGAACAAUGAAUUCAACACGGAGGACCAAACAUUAGUGCUGAACCUCAACCAGGCGGCCAUUAACGCAAUCCGGGCUGCCGGAGCCACCUCGCAGUACAUUUUCGUGGAAGGAAAUUCGUGGAGUGGUGCCUGGACGUGGACAUCAGUCAAUACCAAUCUGGUCAAUUUGACGGACCCCAAUAACAAAAUCGUGUACGAGAUGCACCAGUAUCUCGACUCAGAUGGGUCUGGCACAUCCGACACAUGCGUCAGCACGACCAUCGGCCAGGAGCGUGUGGAGUCAGCGACAGAGUGGCUGCAAAGCAAUGGGAAACUUGGGUUCUUGGGCGAGUUUGCCGGUGGUGCUAACUCAGUCUGUGAGAGUGCUGUGACUGGGAUGCUGAGCUAUUUACAAGAGAACAGUGGCGUCUGGCUCGGAGCAUCCUGGUGGGCUGCAGGGCCAUGGUGGGGCACUUAUAUCUUUUCGAUGGAGCCGCCCUCAGGGACUGCGUAUACUUACUACCUUGAUAUCUUGUCUGCCUACUUCCCUUCCAGUUCGGGCAGUUCUACAACCACUUCCACGACCGCACACUCUACAUCGACAACCACCACAACAGCCACCACUACUAAAGCCACCACCACUUCAAGCACUACUACUAAAGCUACCACCACUUCAACCACCACGAGCACAGGGUCUACAUCUACUGCGACAGCAUCCCACUGGGCACAGUGUGGUGGCACUGGCUGGACAGGAGCGACGACAUGUGCCAGCCCGUACACCUGCCAGGCGCAGAAUGCGUACUAUUCGCAAUGUCUGUAA